AUGGAACAACAAACAUUGUCGAUUGCAAAAGCCGGAAUAAUCUGUCAACUGAACGCAAGAACAUCGGUUCUGGCCGCGGCGAAUCCAGUGGAUUCUCAAUGGAAUCAGCAAAAAACAAUCAUUGACAAUAUACAACUACCACAUACUCUUUUGUCCAGAUUCGAUUUGAUAUUUCUGUUAGUGGAUGCACAGGACGAGAAUUACGAUCGCAGACUGGCCAAUCAUCUGGUUUCACUUUAUUACAGAACAAACGAUGAGAAUGCAACAGAACAAGUGGAUAUGGCACUGUUGCGAGACUAUAUUGGUUAUGCGAAAACGUUUGUGCAUCCGAUAAUAGACGAUGCAGCAUCACAAUGCUUAAUUGAUAAGUAUUUGAAGAUGAGACGUGCGGGCACUGGUUAUGGACAGAUAUCGGCAUAUCCGAGACAGUUGGAAUCAUUGAUAAGACUUUCUGAAGCACACGCGAAAAUGCGAUUGAGCUCAGUCGUGUCGGUGCAGGACGUUGAAGAUGCUUACAGCUUGCACUGCGAGGCACUGAAGCAAUCGUCAGUGGAUCCGUCAACAGGUCGCGUCGAUAUAAAUAUUCUGGCGGCGGGAAUGAGUGCCACCAAUCGUAAACUGAUCCAGCACCUUUCUGAUGCAAUCACCUCGGAAUUGGCCAACAAAAAGGGUGUUUCGAUACCCAUUAAGAAGCUUAUCGUUCAGCUGAGACAGUCUGAUAUUUCGUUCAGCAGAGAUUUGCUCGAAGAGGCCAUCAAUAAUUUGGUAAAGAACGAAAAUGUGGUUCGUCUUGGGGAUAGAAUUCGUUACGUUUCGAAUGAUUGA